GCUUUUGACAUCUAUUUAACUUCAGAAAAAUCAGCUGAAAUUAAUGAUACUGAUCUUGAAAUCACAAUAGAGCACCUGGGUUAUCAAUAUGAAAUAAAUUGGUUGAAAAGCUUUAAAUAUGAUAACAAUGAUAAGAAUGAAGCUGAUGACUUUGAGCAACAUAAUCAAAACAGAAUUGAAUAUGACGAAGAAGAAAAGCAUAAUACUAUUACUAAAAAAAUGAAUAACAGAUCAUAUAAACCAAAAUUCAAUAACCUAAUCCUAGACUUAAUCAAUAGUUACUUUGAUGAAGAAUUACUAAAAAACUUUGAACCUGAUAGUUACAAAGAUAUUAAAUCUGAAAGUGGUAAUGAAACUGAUAAAAAAGUCUCUGGAAGAAAAAUAUGUGAAUCAGAACAUUGCAACCAAGAUGAAAGCAGAGCUGAAAUGAACAAAA